GCGGCGCAGCUGUCUGAGAACAUAGAGGAAAGAAAAGGGAUGGAGGAUCCUGAGGAGGAAGAGGGUUUUGGGGGGACACAAGAAAGGGGAACAGGGGAAGCCGGCGAUGAUGUCGGGGAAGAUUCGAUGGCAAAGAAAUCUGAGGUCGCGUCGUUAUCUGGGCAGACGGGAACUGGUAAGAAAAUUGGGCACCGUGGCGUUGAUGCUUCAGGAGAGACCACUUAUAAGAAGACCACAUCAUCCACAUUAAAAGGUGCCAUCCAGCUGGGCAUAGGGUACACCGUUGGUAACCUAAGUUCUAAACCUGAGAGGGAUGUGCUGAUGCAGGAUUUCUAUGUAGUGGAGAGCAUAUUUUUCCCCAGUGAAGGCAGUAAUCUGACCCCAGCUCAUCACUACCCAGAUUUCCGUUUUAAGACCUAUGCCCCUGUAGCGUUCCGCUAUUUCAGAGAACUUUUUGGAAUCCGUCCAGAUGAUUAUUUGUAUUCCCUCUGCAGUGAACCUUUAAUCGAGCUCUCUAAUCCUGGCGCCAGUGGAUCUCUGUUUUAUGUCACCAGUGAUGAUGAAUUUAUUAUUAAAACCGUGAUGCACAAGGAAGCUGAAUUUUUGCAGAAAUUACUCCCAGGCUAUUACAUGAACCUGAACCAGAACCCACGGACUUUGCUGCCUAAGUUUUACGGCUUGUACUGUGUACAAUCUGGCGGGAAGAACAUCCGGGUCGUUGUCAUGAACAACAUCUUGCCCCGUGUGGUACGCAUGCAUUUCAAGUACGACCUGAAGGGCUCCACCUACAAGCGACGCGCAUCGAAAAAAGAGCGGGAGAAACGCAGCCCCACCUACAAGGACCUGGACUUCAUGCAGGAUGCUCCUGAGGGCCUGCUCUUGGAUACCGAUACCUUCAGUGCGCUGGUCAAAACCCUACAGAGGGACUGUUUGGUCCUCGAAAGUUUCAAGAUUAUGGAUUAUAGCCUCCUAUUGGGGGUGCACAACAUGGAGCAGCAGGAACGUGAGCGUCAGACUGAGGGAGCCCAGAGCCAAGCUGACGAGAAGCGUCCCGUGGCACAAAAGGCGCUGUAUUCCACUGCGAUGGAGUCCAUCCAAGGAGGAGCAGCCCGAGGGGAGUCGAUAGAUACAGAUGACACAAUGGGAGGCAUUCCAGCUGUGAACGGGAGAGGGGAGCGUCUGCUGUUGUACAUUGGAAUUAUUGACAUCUUGCAAUCAUACAGGCUUAUUAAGAAGCUGGAACACACAUGGAAGGCUUUGGUACACGAUGGGGACACUGUGUCUGUGCAUAGACCGAGUUUUUAUGCAGAACGAUUCUUCAAAUUCAUGACUAACACAGUGUUUCGCAAGACAACCUCUCUGAAGUCUUCGCCUUCUAAAAAGGGUAGGAGUACCCUUCUGGCCCCUCGCCCUACUGGACCUUCAGCUGCCUUCUCAGCUGGACAGUUACCUAUGGAACAGGAGGACGUGAAAUAUGACUUGCGGGGAGCCCGUAGCUAUCCAACUCUGGAGGAUGACAACAGACCUGAUCUUCUCCCCUGUACACCUCCUUCAUUUGAAGAGGCCACAACAGCCUCCAUUGCAACCACCCUUUCCUCAACUUCCCUGUCUAUUCCAGAGCGAUCUCCCUCUGAGACCUCAGAGCAACCACGGUACCGGCGACGUACUCAGUCAUCUGGCUUUGAUGUUCGAUCUCAUGAAGAUCCCAGAGUAGAAGAUGAGCCUCAGCAAAUCACGGUUGAGGUGGAAACUAGAGUGGAGAGUGUGGCUAUAGUGAAGGAAACUGAGGGCCAGGGUGAGGCAUCCGGCUUCACUGGCGAAACUGGUCCUGGGGAAGAGACUGCAAGCCAGAGGUCAGAGGAAGAAGAGGAGGUGCCAGUGACCGAUAUUUAUUUUUUCACGGAUGGGAGAUACUGGGUGUACUCCCCACGCCUCCACCGGAUGCACUCAAACUCCUCAUCAGCUGACUCUCCACCUGAUGACCGGAGCUGGGUUUACUCCCCGCUCCACUAUAACGCCCAGAUGCACUCGGAUGAGGAAAAUGACACAGUAAGUUCCAAAAGGAAUUUAAAACGUGUGAUCUUGCACAUCUAUUACUAAAAAA